AUCACCGGUAUGGCUACUUUGCUGAAAUUUGCUGCACGGUUUAGCAACAAUUUAACCCAAAAACACGUAUUUGCAGCGAGUGUCAGGAUGUCUUCUUACUUGAUUCAAGACCCGAAAUACUCCUGGUUGAAAGACCUUGGGCUUGAUGUGGACAACAAAGGUGUCUUUUGCGGAGAAUGGCUCGGAAACGGAGAGGUUGUGACUUCUUAUUCUCCAACUACAAACCAGCCUAUUGCCAAGGUCACUCAGGGUAACUCUAAAGACUAUGAGAAAGCUGUGAAGGCAGCCAGGGAGGCGUGGCAGAUCUGGGCAGAGGUACCUGCUCCACAGCGGGGAGAAAUUGUGAGGCAGAUUGGUCAGGCCUUGAGGGACAAAAUAGACUUACUGGGAAGAAUGGAGUCACUAGAGGUUGGAAAGAUCCUGGGCGAGGGAGUUGGGGAGGUCCAGGAGUAUAUCGAUGUGUGCGACUACGCUGUUGGCCUUUCACGCAUGUUUGCUGGUCAUGUCUUCCCAUCUGAGCGUAAGGGUCACGCCCUUCUGGAGCAGUGGAACCCUCUUGGUGUAGUUGGUGUGAUCACAGCAUUCAACUUCCCUGUCGCAGUGUACGGCUGGAACUCUGCCAUUGCCAUGGUCUGCGGAAACUGCAUGCUGUGGAAGGGAGCGCCUUCCACACCCCUCACCAGUGUCGCUAUAACCAAAGUGAUCUCAUCAGUGUUGGAGAAGAACAGCCUUCCAGGAGCCAUCUGCUCCCUUGUGUGUGGAGGAUCUGACAUUGGGACAUUAAUGGCAAAGGAUGAGCGUCUACCUCUGGUCUCUUUCACUGGCAGUACUCAGGUGGGUCACAAAGUGUCUAUGAUGGUUCAAGAGAGGUUCGGCAAGUUUCUGCUAGAGCUCGGUGGAAACAACGCCAUCAUAGUGAACGAGGAUGCAGACCUCGACAUGGUUGUUCGUGCAUCUGUGUUCGCAUGUGCAGGGACGGCAGGCCAACGAUGCACCACCACACGCAGACUCAUUCUUCACAAGUCUGUAUAUGAUGAGGUUGUGUCACGACUUGUGAAAGCCUACGGACAGUUGAGGAUAGGUGACCCUUGUGAAGCUGAUACCCUGUACGGGCCACUACACAGCACAGCUGCCGUGGAGGCCUAUAAGAACGCUAUAGAGGAGGCCAUCAAACAGGGCGGCAAGGUUGAGUGUGGGGGGAAGGUGAUAGACCGACCUGGAAAUUUUGUGGAGCCCACAAUUAUAUCAGGGCUUUCCCAUGAUGCCAAGAUAGUCCAAACGGAAACAUUUGUACCCAUUGUCUACAUUCUCAAGUUUGAGGUGCUGGACGAGGCUAUACGGUGGAACAACGAGGUCAAACAGGGCCUCUCUAGCAGCAUUUUUACCAAAGAUCUUGGCAAUAUCUUCCAAUGGAUCGGACCAAAGGGUUCAGAUUGCGGUAUCAUCAAUGUGAAUAUUCCUACAAAUGGAGCAGAAAUAGGAGGGGCUUUUGGUGGAGAGAAGCACACAGGUGGCGGAAGAGAGUCUGGCAGUGAUGCGUGGAAACAGUACAUGCGACGAUCCACCAUAACAAUCAACUACAGUAAGGAGCUGCCUCUGGCUCAGGGAAUCAAGUUCGAGUGAGCUGCCUUCCAGCCCGGGGCCAGUAAAACCAUCUGUGAUGAGACUUUUUUUAUUAAACUUUCUAUCACUUAUAUUGUUAGGUUCUAUACUUCUGAGGCCAGGGUGCUAUUGAUUUUUUUAUGAUUGUAUGUUUCAGUUGGGAUUUUUUGUUGUUUUUUAUACACAAAAUGAACAAGGUUGCUUAAAAUUAGAUUGAGGGAUAUUGUAAUUGAAGCGACUAACAAAUCAGCUUUGCUUGUCUUGAAAAACAUUAACACAAAUUUGUUUAACCUUUGUUGUCCUGAAAUUCAGUUGAAGUUUAUAAAAAUAAGUGAAAGGAGAGUUAUAAAUGGUAAUAUUGAUUUUGUGUAUUUUUGAAAUGUAUUAGUGAAUCUCAUGCCUUACCUCAAACUAUACUUCAGUAUCUUACUAUAGUUUGUGUGGGAAAUAUUAAGCUUAUAAGAUUGUGUGUGAAAUGCAGGUCACUUGUGUUGAACACAUGGCAACAAGGCUGUUGUACAAAGAAUUUCUAUGUUUUCUGUCGGUUAAUAUUAUCAUUUAAUAAUCUGACCCAUAAAUAUGUAAAUUUUGGGUGCCUGGUGACCCCAUUCUAUUUUUUGUAUCAUUUGAACAGGCGUUGUGUGCAGAAAUAAUACACUUCUAACAAGAAAACAUAUUCGUUUAUAUCAGCAAUCAAGUAUCUAUCAAAAGAUACCAAUAUUUGAAUGGGUCACUUAGCAUCAAAAUUGAACAUUAAGGUUAUGGAGCUAUGAGAGGGCUAGAAUAUUUGUGGGUUGGAUACUUUGAAAUGUCUCGGCACUGCAGUUUUUUUACCAAUUUCCUAGUCUAUAUAACAGCACAAAAUCUAUAUCUAAAUUGAAUGUUGUACCAAGGUCUUACGGGAACUAGUAUUACUGUAUGUUUAAUGUUCAUAGUGUGCAAGUGGCAUAGAAACAAUGUAUUUGACUGGAUGUUCCUAUUUUAAGCAUUAUACAUUUAUAAAUUGAUACCCCUAGCUGAAUGAUUCAAACAGAAUCACUUAUUUAUUGGUGCAAAAUAACUGAAUUUGACUUGCUUAUAAUUUUGGUUUAUUUAUUUUUUUGGAAAGGAUAACACCUAUCCCCUUUGCUCAUUUAUAGUGCUUUAAAUCUUUACAUGGCUGUUGUUUGUUAUCACAUGAUGUUACAAAAAAUGCAUCAUUUUAUUUCUAUAACAUUUUUGAUAUGCAUUUUCGUUUGAUAUAUUUGUCAAUUAUAGACCUGUUAAUCAUGAGUGAUAUGAUGUGGAAUUUGGAAAAUAAAAUUUCAAUAUAUUGA